UAGUAUUUAAAUACCUCACUGCAUGGGAAAAGUGUGAUCGUUUUUUACAGAAAAUAUACUUAUUAAAAAGAGAUGAUUUUUUGUAGAGGAUUGUUACAGAUAUGACCGACGUGGAAUUUUUUAAUGCACUGACAUCGAUGCAAACCAAAAAAACACGUGUUAUUAUCGUUCAAAGUUUAAAUCUCCUUCAGGAUGAUAAAAAAUACUUAGACAGUAUACAAAAACAACAACAACAACAACAGAAACAACAACAACAACAACAACAACAGAAAUUAAAUAAAAGUCACAUGACAGAGACUUCUAAAGAUAUUGGCGUUGAAAAACAGAUUCCAGGAGCGCUUGGUCUUUCUAUUCUAAAUUUAGUAGAACUAUCACGAAAGGGUCAUAACUUUUAUCUCAAAAGAAUUAAAAAGUAUAAAAGUUCUGUGUUUAAGGUCAACUUGUUUGGACCACGCGUUGUUGUGUGUGAUUACAAAGGAAUUCAAUGUCUAUUUGAUAUACGUGUGACAAGGAAGCGGCGAAGCUUCGGGAUGAAUGUAUUUAAUGACGAUUCUUUAAAUGGCUACGUGCCGAUGAUCUUUCAAAAUGACGAGGUGAGGCAUACAAAAGUAAAACUGAUGUUCAUUGAAUACAUGAAGAUGUUUAAAAGAGAUUUUUGUAUAUCUCAUGUAAACAACAUCAUCAAAGUACAAAUGGAAUUCCUGUCCUGUCAAGUUACACAUAACAAAAAAGUAAAUUUUGAAGGAUUGGUGGGAGAAUGCUUUAUUGAUAUCAUAGCGCAAACCAUGUGGGGCAUCACAAUAAACAAACAAAUCACACAAUUUUGGCUCGAUAACAGCUUUUAUAAGAAAUUUGGUAAGAAGGGUGAUUUCUCGAAAACAUACGAAGCUUACAGACAACUUUUUUGCAGCAUUGAAAAAUCACCGUAUUUCGAUUUAUUGAUGGACAAAGGCAACGAAAUUGGAAUGAAACGAUAUGAAUUGGUUUGCGAGUUUAUUAUGUGCGUGAUAUUUAACGCGUAUGGAGCGAUCCACAAACUUUUUCUUUCCUGUCUGGUAUACUUGGUCAAACUGGAAAAAAAUCACAAAAUGCUUCUUCGUGAAGAAGCAAAAAUAUUUUUGCAAGAGAACAACAUGGCAAGUCUUUCAAAGCUUGAAAAUAUAGAAAACUUUAUAUUAGAAGUCGUGCGAAUGCAUCCGCCGGCUUUUAUGAUGUUCGGAGAAGCUUGCAUGGAUUUCGUUCUCAAAGCAAGAUUGGGCAGUUUUAACAUCAAAAAAGGUAGUUUGAUAUGUGGAAACAUAUACCAGAUCCAACGAGAUGCAAGUAUAUUUCAAAACCCAAACAAUUUCGAAUUCGACCGUUUCACGAAAAAACCAGAGCUUAAGAGAUACCUUGUCGCCUUUGGGGGAGAUUACCUACACGAACAGGACAUUUUGUCACACAAGUGCAUUGGUCAGCACAUGACAUUAAGUGUCAUGAAAAUAUGUGUCAGUCACAUGUUAUUCUGCACUCUAGAGUUCGCCUCGAACGUAAAGUGGACACAAACUAAAAUAAAACGCUACUCGGCUUCAGACAAACCUGUCGUAAUGAGUACAUUUUCCUACAAUGGAUAUAAGAGCGAAGAAGUAAUACUUGAUGAGGUAGAUGUCUCUAAUGACACGUGGUGUGAAGAGACAUGAUGUGAGAACAUGUGAUGAAAUGCCAAGUAAUUUUAAGACAUGGCCAUGUGUAUAAAACAUGUGUAUUAAGACGUGUAGUGUGAAGACAUGUGAUGUAAGGACACGUUAAGUAAAGACACGUGAUGUCAAAACACGUGAUGUGAAGACACAUGA